AUGACUAGUGUAGUUCCUCGCCGAAGUAGCAGACGAAAACGGGAAUCUGAAGCACCUUCGGACCAGAAUGUAGUAGAAAAGAUUGACUCGAAGAGAGUUAAUGUUUUAAAACAAGGUAAUGUGAGCAAAAAUACGGAAGUGAAGGAUAAUGCAAGGAAUUAUGUGGCACGAGUAAGUGGUAGACUCUGUCGUAAUGCCAAGAAGAAGAAGGAAAUAAUGUUAGAGAAUGAUUUGGAACCUAUAAUUAAAAAAUCUCGAAAUGGAACAGAUGCGGGGAGUACUGAAGACUUGAAACCUAACAGACAACGACAGCGUAAUCAGUCAUCAAAGAGAAAGAUUUCAGACGGAGAGGAAACUUAUCAAGAUGAAUCUAGUGAUUCAAGUAUUUCCGACGAUGAAUGGGAAGAUGUUGAUCUUACUGAUCAACAUAAUUAUGAACCGUCAGGCAUGAAUGACAACGUGGAAGUUACUAUUAGUGCUUCUAGAUCUAAGGAAACUGAAGAAAGUAAAUGGGCGAAAUUUAUUAGACAACAAGUUAAUCGUAAAAUACGUGAACGGCAGAUUAAUUGUCAUAAGAUGCAUCUUCUUUGUUACAUUGCACAUUUACGAGUAUGGAUACGUGCUCUAGUUCGAGAUGAAGCCUUAGCUUCAUUAUGUUUGUCUUUGAUCCCGGAAGGUUAUUUGGCAGCAGCCAAACACACGUUUGAUGUGGCGACAGCAGAAAGAUUUUUAAAGUGGUUUCGGUCAGCUUUUCAGCGCACGUACCAAAGUUACGUUCCGAAGACUGACUAUUGGGACUAUCAUGUGAGAAGAUUGAAGAAAUUGAUUGAGGAACGCGUAUACGAGAAUGAUAAGGAUUUAUCUUCUCUGUUGUUUUUAUGUCUCGUUUCUCUAAAUCUGCCCGCUCGAUUGUGUUUAUCUUGUCAACCAGUUACGCAGAAGCCGUCGAUGAAUAUGUUGCGAUCAAAGUAUACCGAAAUUUUUGUGGAGCAGAACGUUGAUAAUAGCGACAGUUGUGAGAUCUGGGAAAUGAAGUUAAAUGAAGUGUUGAAUAAAAUAGAAGUAAAAAGUGAUGAAGAUUAUUGCGAAAAACAUAAUUCCAAAAACAGGCAGAGAUCGAAAAACGAAAAGAAAAAGAAACCGAACAAAAAUGGUGAUACGAUUAGCAGUAAAAUUUUGUCUUCUGGUCGUCAAAAAUGUGGUCAAGAAAGGAAUUAUUGGGUGGAAUACUGGGAUCGUGAUGAUUCAAAAUGGAUAUGUAUGGACCCAUGGUUUGGAUCAGUGGAUAUGCCAGAAAGUUUAGAGAUGUCUACCACUGCUCCGAUGCAUUAUGUUUUGUGUAUCGAUGACGAUUUGGGAAUGCGGGAUGUAACAGCGCGAUAUGCUUCAAAAUUCUUAUCAGCUGAUGUACGACGACUCCGAGUUGAACCAUCAUGGUGGACCAACACUUUAAAGUUAUAUCGAAGUAAAAAUCGAAGACGUGAACGAAUUGAAGACAUCGCCAUCCAUAAUGAACUUCUUUCCAAACCAAAACCGGCUACAAUUGCAGAAUAUAAAAAUCAUCCACUAUAUGUUUUAAAAAAAGAUAUCUUGAAGUAUGAAGCAAUUUAUCCAGAAAAUCAGGCCUCUAUUGGACAAAUUCGGGGUAUUGAUAUCUAUCCUAGAAGUUCCGUCUUUCAUCUCGAUACUUCUCUAAACUGGAUGAAACAAGCUCGUGUUGUAAAGAAAGAAGAGAAGCCAUACAAAGUUGUGAAGGGGAGAGUAAACCAUCGCGUAGCACCGGAACUUAGAGAGCCACGAUCUCUAGAAUUAUAUGGGUAUUGGCAAACUGAACCAUAUGUGCCACCGAAAGUUGUGGAUGAGCGUAUUCCACGAAAUGAAUUCGGCAAUAUAUAUGUUUAUAAAAGCAGUAUGGUGCCGGAAGAAUGUGUUCAUGUACGGUUAGAUGGACUCGUUACAAUUGCGCGGAAGCUUGAUAUUGAUUGCGUGCCUGCGGUUGUUGGAUGGGAUUUCCAUAAAGGGGGAAACCAUCCAAUUGUCGACGGAUGUGUCGUCUUAAAAAAGCAUGAAAAUAUGCUUCGCAAAGUAUGGAAAGAAUUUCACCAGAAAAAACAAAUUGCAUUUGAACAGAAGCGAAAAGAACGAGCUCUAAAAAAUUGGAGACGUCUCACAAAAGGUAUGCUUACAAUGAGGAAAGUGCGUGCCAAAUUUCUCAGGAUGGAUCGUCGAAGCAUGAGACUUGCUUUUUUCAGUGGUGAUGUAAUUUUGCAGGAAAUAGAUGAGAAACUGGAAGAUCAGGUCUUGACGCCUGCCCCAGAUGAUACUAUUUUAUCAUGGCCUCAUACGAUUUUCAACUUACCAGAAAGUACUGUUAAUCGUGGUCGUCGUUAA